CUCUCUCCGAUCACAUCACCGAACUCUCUCUCUCGCGCGCUCCCCGCUCCCUCGCUCUCGCGAACACCUACCGAUCAACCCGCUUCCCUUACCCACCGCUGUUGCGCAGCACUCUCUACGCCAUGUUCACCCUCAACGCAAACGCUCCCAGCUUCGUGCCCAGCAACCCAGUUCACCAGCAGAUGGUCCGACCCAUCUUCAACUCCGGCGUUCCUUCGUGUGUACUAAUCCUCGACAGCGACGAGUACCGCUCGGAGUUCCUGGUCAACACCUUCAACCGCGAGGCAGUGGCCGAUGAGGACCUGUUUAAUCCGGCGGUGUACCCUGUCUCCGCAGCAGACCACGAAGAGCUAACGGCUGCUGAGAAUUUCAACAGAGAGAUGGCCGAGCUUGAAGCGCUCGAGCACCAGGAGGAGCUGAGGUCGCUGCUUCAAGCCCGGAUUUCGGCUCUCCAGCAAGGAACAAGUGGCAAGCAGCGGCCGGCGAAGAUCGCUUCCAUGAACAGCGCCAUGUUCUCGGGGCUAUCCAGAGGUGCACCGGCAUCGGGACUGAAGGGAAAGCGCUUCAACCCUGCCAAGAAGUGCCCUCACAACAUCAACCAGCCGCUUGAAACAGGCCGCUAUUACUAACGGCAGCAGCUCGACGGCCACCCGACAAUGUAUAUCUUCUCUCGCGAGAGAAAGUAAGUAAUGCUAGUGGUGCAUCCUGCGGCGCACCGGCCGUGGCUCCCUCUUAAAAUACCGUAGUAGCUGAGGUUCUCCGCGCUAAGUCGAUAUGGGCGGAUGUUUUCCAAGUGAUGCGUCACAGGAAGUGCUUCGUUCAGUAUCAGGACCGAGUGAGGUUCUUGCUUGGGCACGGUCCUGUCCGCGUUGCCCCCUCAGCCCCCUGCCGUCUACCAAACGCAUGGUAGUGGCGUGACAUGGCAUGGCAUGGCAUGGCAUGGCAAUGAUGGAGGUGAAGGUUAGGUUAGGCUAGUUUACUUAGGUGCCGUGCCGUGUGCCGUGGUCGAAUUACCCAUGCCUGAAUGAAUGGGUCGUCCGUGGUGACGGUGCACAGCUUGUAUAUCCUAAUUGCCAAUACCCAAAAAGGGUGAGGAUGGGGAGGGGAGCGAACUGGCAACACUAGUAGCUAGUAGUUAAUGCAGCACAACGUAUUUGGAACCAAGUGGCCGCAGGAAACACUACUGAAGUACCCAGGGCGUGUUGAUAAGGAUAAGGAAGGUAACGAUCAUGGGGUGAAGGUGAGCAGAUGAUCAUGAGACAGACCACCAAAGUAUAUAUUAAAGACAAAAUGACGGGGCACGAGAUGGGAGGGACAGGAGUGGAGUAAGCGGCUGCAGGAUCAUAUUUUCAUGUAGUUCACUGCAGUGAAGGUGAACAAGGGUGGCGCGGGAUAGAUAUACCCGCCCUUAUCCCAAUGAUCCCAAUACCUACCGUGACUGUUCCCAGUGUUGGUCAAGCCAAGAUUGUGGUGGGAAAGGAGGCUACUAGACACACAAGGACCAUUGUAAUGGCUGUUUCCUUGAUGUGCCUUGCUUAGACGGCAAGGAAAGAUGUCUGUACGGCCGUGGAGUGUUGCUUUCCCGAAGAGGCAUCUAUCUGUCAAGACGUCGGUUUCGUAACGGUUCAAAGUCACAAGUACUGUAAAUGCAGGGAUCGGCGCUAUCCUUACUGUACGCGUAGAAACCUUUAUUUUUUAGGGUUGUACCGAUGAGACAGCAGCGUGUAAAAUCUGCUGCUUGCUCCUCAUGGAAAGAGAUGCGCACGACGAAGGUCGAGUCAGUGCGAUAGUCCAUGCAUACAAAAGGCAAGACAUCUGAAACCCAUGAUGUUGCGAUGUGCCUGUAAGUACGGUUAGAUGUGUAGCUGUCGGUGUUGUUCUGUCUGUGGACAUGCGCUGAGUUUCGAGUAAGGCCUUGACUGUUCCGGGAUAUCCUGGCAUCUCAGGGUCCACUGUGCGUUGCUGGCUUGGCUAGCUCGGUGAUCGGUAGUGGCACAAGAGUGCGAAGGGUACGGUUGGAUAUGUUCCCCGCCCUAGGUAAUAGCUGCCCGUGGUGGAUUUUUUUUUCAUGUUACGCACGGCGGUGUCGCGAUUUCAGCAGUGCACGAGUGUACUAACUUUGUGUGCAUGAUGACAGUAUGAUCCGUGGUAGCAGAAGCAAGGGACAUGACCCGUCUCGAAACAUCGCUCCAGCAGGGUGGGGUUGAAGGAAGUACACCACAAUGAAGGCUGUCGUGGUGUUGGUUCCGCCGCCGCUGUGCCGGAGCAAACGUUGGACUGUUGAGAGUGACUGGUGUGUGCUUGAUUUAGGACUUUGUCUCAAUGUAGUGGCGUAUUGUAUGCAGCACUCUGUUGUGGAGUUGCUUUUAUGCCCCCCCUUGUGUUGCUUUUGGAGUCAAGAUGGUUCUCUAGAAACACUCCUUCAAAGCUCCACGGGGCAACGGCAGCGAAGCGGUGCUGAUAACUUAGACUCAAGCAAAGGGUGCUGAUAGCCUAGCGUACCAUGCAUGCGUCGCCGUUCAAGAUGUUCAUACACAACUGUUUUAUUUUACACCAGUAACUGUGCCUUUUGAGUGUUGUCCUAACACAUGUGUCCUGUCCAGUGCCAAAAACAGCGUGUCCAUAGGGGGGUAAGGAGUCGUCGCCGGAGUAGGAGUAGCACUGCCACAAUGUCAACGUUUCGUACGGGACAGAAGUGAGUCCAGUCGACUCGAUAACGGGCAAGUUUGUCUGACCGAACGUGGUGGGGGUAGUGUAAAUGCGGUGUUAUGCAAACCAACAAGCACAAUACAGUUUGAAGACACGAUCGUCGGCAAUUGCUUAUGUCGUUUGGGAAAACGUGCGGUACUGGCUCUCGAGUGAAUUGAGAAACGCGGGAGAUCCGCGACCAAAGGGCCUUCGUAAGCGCUAUUUUUUCGCUGCUGGUCCGUGCGGGGAAGUGAUCAUCGUGACGAAUCUAAGGGAGCAGGCGUUCAUACUCGCCUUGUUGAAGUCCUGGGCUUGACAUAAUUAUCUUUUGUGUCGACCCAAUGCACACGAAACAGAUGAAAUCGGGCCAACCUCACUCAUCAUUCAGGCCUGAU